CAUAAAUCUUUCACUAAUAACCAUAUAGUGCUUUUUCUUUUCCUGACACACCACUGUUGCUGCCCUCUCUGAUUUCCACUUAUAUUCAAGUACCAUAAGCUGAGACGAUGUCUGAGGGACCGAGAAAGACAAAAUACUCAGCAACACGCCGACUGCAUUUGAAGUCUAAACUGCUGAAGAAAGCAGCUUCUAUGCUGGUGGCCGAAAGUGAGGAGAAGAAACACGAGAAAGAAAGAGUUGUGAAUGCGUGCUUCCCACCGCUGAAGCUGUCAGGUUUGUCAGUCCAGGAGCUGCAGGAGCUUUGUAAAGAACUACAUCGUAAGAUUGAUGUUGUAGAUGAAGUACGUUAUGAUAUGGAGGUCAAGGUAGCCAGAAAUGAGAAAGAGAUCGACAUGCUGAAUCAGAAGAUCACUGACCUGAAGGGUGUUAAGCGACCCAACUUGAAGAGGGUGAAGAAAACGACAGACGACAUGCUGGGCGCAUACACCGACACCUCCAAACUCAUGAAAGCUGAUUUCAAGGCCAACCUUAAGACAGUGAAGAAAGAAGAAGAAAAGAGGGAAGAAGUGACAGACUGGCGUAAGAAUGUGGAGGCCAUGUCUGGUAUGCAGGGCAGGAAGAAGCUGUUUGAUGCCGGACAAUGAGAAGGCGCUUGUGUUAAACAAGGAUUACUGUCCAAAUACAAGAAGGUUUCCAUGACAGGAUGAA